AUGGCGAAGAAACAGAUAUUUAAGGAAUCACUGUCUACAUUGGCAGACUGCUCUGCAGUUUUGAGGGCAGACCCCGGUGCCAGCGGAAAUGACGGAGUGUAUACAAUUAUCCCGGAUGGUACGACCCAGAAACAAGUCUUCUGUGAUAUGACGACAAACGGUGGCGGGUGGACAGUCAUACAGCGGCGAGAGGAUCAAUCAACAGAUUUUUUUAGAACUUGGGAAGAGUACAAGGCAGGAUUUGGAAAUCCUUCUCAGAAUCACUGGAUAGGAAAUGAAGUUCUAUAUCACUUAACAAAGGACCAGAACAAAGACCUUGUAGUUAAUCUUCAACGUUUUAACGGUCAAACGGCGGAGGCCAGAUACACUACAUUUUAUAUUGGGGAUGAAAGCAGCAAGUACCUACUCACUGUGUCCUCCUUCUCAAGUACUGGAAAUG